AUGGUGUUCACUACUCGUUGCGUGUGCACAAAACACAGCACCUGGAGCCAUGGAAAUGUAUCCCCUGAUGUAUUACGAGUUGCAGAUCCUGAGGAGCUAAGGUUUUGUGAGGUCGAUAGUUCGAAGAACAAAGGCCGAAAAACAAAGAUAUGUUUAGCCUGCUGUGGAAGACUUGCUACCAAAAUGAAGUGCAUGCGACUCGAGGAACGUUUAUACUUCUGCAAUUGCCAUGUUUUGUUUUCUCAUGUUCCACACAUCUCUGUCGUUCAAUAAGCUUAUAUCUGAUUUUUUUGCACACAUUAACUUACGUCUUGUAGGUUAGUAUAUGGAAUACGUGAUAAUUGUUUCAUUUAUUUAUUUUAUGUUUGUUAUUUAGGAUCAACAAGCCAGUCAGUACGCCACGGAAGAUAUGUGCAAUGUACCAGUUGUUGGCGAAGGUGAAAUUGACAACACCGAAUAUUCACCAAGCAGUCUACCUUCGUCUUCCAGUUCCAAACAUGUACAAGUAUUGGAACUGCCUUUACGACCGUACAAAGACGCAGAAAAUAGGACUCAGCAAGUUAUGAGGUCAAAGACCAUCAAGGUUGUUGAAGACUGUGCUACAAAUUUGUGCACUAUAACGCAAAAGACAUACCUGAAUUUGUAAACGAUUUGUUGAAUUGCAUAAAGUGGAAGUCCACAUUUGGAAGUUGCCACAACAAGGUUUACCAGGAGAGUAUCUUCCUCACUAACCUUGCAGCCGAAUACAAACACUGCAAGGAUAAAGAUUUGAGUAAAGCGGUACGACUUCGAUCAGCAAAGCAAAUCCAGAAAGUUUUGAUUGGACAGACUCUAAGGGACAGUAGAAUUUCUCUGAGUGGGGAGACCUCAGAGGUUUUCAAAUUGCACAGUGAUGCAGCUAAAGAUCUUGGCAGGAUUCGAAGUUACUCUGAUGAAAAGAGAAGACUUUUGUCCAUCGUCGCAACAGACUACUCAUAUUCAGUAGUAGAAAAAUUCUUCAAUUGUUCUUCGAAAAUGGUCACCACGGCUAGAGUACACUGCAUUUUACUUGGAUGUGGGGGUGUCCCCAUGGACAAAUUCAAAUUUACCCAUCAAUGCGUUACUUUCGAAGUGUUAAAGGAACUUUGUGAAUUUCUCCAUAGAGAUGUUAUAUAGAGGCCAUCGUCAUGCCGGAGUGUCUUGGUUGAAGGCGAGGAGACAGCUGUGAAGUACUGGCAGGCUACAGUCAAGGGACUUAUAAACCAGUACGUUCUGGAAUUCCCUAAUGGAGUGAAGAGGACCUACAUUUACAGACACCUGCCAAUUAAUUUUCGAAUAAACACCGUGUUGGCAGGUCUGCGUAAAUUUUUGAAGACAACAUUCCCUAAACGUGCUCAGAAGCAUUCUCCUUACCUCGAACUUUGCUUGUCACAUGCAUUUGAUUCCUGUUCAGAAGAGCACAACUCAGUUCUAACUGACAUUUCUCUAAUUUAUGAUGUGCAUAGUUCCCUUAUGCAAUCAAUUGAGUCCAUGAGUGAUGUUUCGGCCAAGGAUGAUUUAAAAGCCAGACUAGAAGAAGUGUAUAAGGUGCACUUUGACUAUUUGGGUCACCUUCUUCGUACGAAACAUCAAGGUGACUACUACAAAUUUGUUUUGAAGUAUUUGAAGCCUGGGGAGUGCGUUAUUGUCAUUGACUAUAAGAUGAAAUUGGAACCUGGGAAAAGGACACAUGAGAUUGAGCGUGAUUGGUAUGGGAAGAGGGGGAUAUCGCUGUAUGGGUGUUACAUUGUUGCACAGAUUGGAGAAAACAAAAAAAGCUGCGACGUGUUUGACUUGUGCUCAGAAGACACAAGAUGCCUUCUUUACCCAAAGUGCAUUAGAUGCCUGUUUUACGUGGCUUGAGAGGGCCUUCCCAGGAUUCUCUGUUUAUCUGUUUUCUGGUAUGUGUGCAAUUUAUUUCCACUACAUGUUACAUUCAUACAGUUUCACUCACGUGACCAGCAGCCAUGUAACUAUAUUGGAACAAAGGAAAUUGUUUACAUGAGAAAAGAGUUCAAUUCCCCAGGAUUAGUAUGGGACACCAUCUUGGCUGCCGUUUCAUUGUUUUGAGACACCAAUAUGGCCACCGUGACAUCACGUGAAAAUGCUGUAUACAUGUAGAUACUGUACGUAAAACCUGAUCCAGAUACUUCAGUGAUCUAAAGGGAUAGGCACUACUCUUGCAGUCUCUCACCAGCACAUGGGCUUCCAGAAACAUUUAAGUUAACUGGGUUUUGAAAAGAGUUCUCAAGGCUUAUGGGAGUAAAUUUUGAGCAACAAAAAUAAGGCAUAUUCGGUUCUUUGGUAGGGGUAAAUACAUUCUAACAAUCACGUGUGGAAAGACGUCAGUUGCAGAGCUGCAUUGUCAGGUUUUCUUUGUUUUUAUGACGAUCUGCAUUUAUUUUUUUAUUGUUCUUCAUGUCUAUAUUUUAAUGCCGGGAAUAUAACAUCUAAUUCCCCUUUCAAAUAAAUUAUUAUUUUUAUAAUGCAAUAAAAAUAAUUUUAACACUUAUUAUACAUUAUAUCCACAGACAAUGGUCCUCAUUAUCAUAAUACUGCAGUUCUGACAUACCUAAGUGAGGUUAAUAAAGUAUUCGACUUGAGCUUGUUGGAAUACAACAACUUUGAAGCUGGGGAAGGGAAGGCGUCUCUUGACACCCACUUUGCCCACAUAUCCCACAAAAUCGUGCGAUAUGUUCGCCUGGGGAAUGAUCUGGAAACUGGAGAGGAACUUUGACAGCUUGUGCAGGUAAAUUCAAUGCAGUUAAGAACAUAUAGUGAAUAUGGCUUCUGAUGUUUUGCUACACUGUAUGCGCAUAUUUCAUUAAUUUUUUGAUACUUAAGCGGCAUAUUUAUUUUCAUAAAUAAUCAAAAAUGGAACUUAGGUUUUUGCUGGCAUUACACAGGUAUUGUAGUGGUUCACUUUAGGAGCCUCCUUCUAAUAUUUGGUCACUCUUAAAAGCUCCUAAAUAUAAUAUAGGCACAAAUCCUUAUUUAGUGCCCAAUAAGAAGUGCCCCUAAGUUGAGCAACCCAAAUUCAAUGCCCCCUCUAUCCAAUUCAAAAUAAUUUAUAACAAAAAGUACACAGGCUGAAUUAUGAUGACAUAGCAGACAAAAAUGGAAAACACAACUCAAAGUAAGGGGUGACUGUCCCCAGGUGAUGAGAGAUACACCUUUUGGAGUGAAGGAACAAAAGUAUAUUAGUCAGUUUUGAUAUACACAGCACAGUGAUAUUUUUUUUUCUUUUUGAAAUAGAGCAUGAAGAAUGUAUCAUGUUUCCAGUUGUCCAUUGAAAGAAGUAGGGCUCCUAAGAAAAUGGGCAUAUUCAUAUUUCCUCUUCAAGGAGAAUUUGCUGGGGGCAUCAUCGCACAUUCCUUGGCUGGUAUUGGCAAAGUUGUCAAAAAGACAAAGGCUCAGAUUCAAAAGAUCACUACAAGAAAUUCCCCUAUGACUGGCUCAACAGGCUCUUCCAUCUCUUUGCAAUUACCAGUACCACAAACCAGAGAACAGGGCUUACAAAGUCUCUCCAGCCAAGAUGUAUAUAGUGUGCGUUUUAUAAACCAUGCACCUGAACCACUACAGUCCCCAUCCUAUUUUCAGAGUGGAAGGAUUGCCACAAAUCUGCAGCCAUCUAAUGGAUAUGCUUUAAAGAAAUCCUCUGGUAAGAGUAAUUUUCUCCUUGGCUCAAAAAGAAAUAAUAUCUUUUUACAACCGACAAGCAUCAAGUGGUGUCAGAGCCAAUCCAAAAGAUAUCAUUGCACACAAAUCCGUAGCUGGUGGAGUACCUACCAUCAGAAAAGGAAACAAACUUUUAAUGUUUUGCAAGAGGAAGCAUGUCAUUUGCAAAGGGGUGGGUCAUCCGUCUCCAAGCAUCCCUGGCUCGACAGUACCUGUACAGCAGCCCACUCCUGUUUCCGUCCCUGGCUCAACAGAUCCUGUGCAGCAGCCCACUCCUGUGUCUGUCCCUGGCUCGACAGCAUCUUUACAGCAGCCUACUCCUGUG